AUGACUUCCUGGACUGCAAGGCUUCUCUGCUUCGCGGGAAGAUUGCAACUAAUCUCAUCGGUCAUUCAAAGCUUGACAAACUUUUGGCUGUCCGCGUUUCGGCUCCCGUCGCCGUUGGAAUGCCUUAAAGAGAUCGAGGGACUGUGUUCUGCUUUUCUGUGGUCGGGCCCGGUACUAAACACUAGCAAAGCGAAAAUAUCUUCGCAAGAGGUCUGUAGACCAAAACGGGAGGGUGGCUUAGGACUUAGGCCGCUGAAAGAAGUUAAUAUGGUUAGCUGCCUUAAACUGGUUUGGAGGAUACUCUCAUCUCAUGAUUCGCUCUGGGUCAACUGGAUCAAAUCAUAUCUCAUUCGGCAGGGAUCUUUCUGGUCGGUAAGUGAAAAUACAAGUAUGGGAUCUUGGAUGUGGAGAAAGCUCCUGAAAUACAGAGACAAGGCGAAAGAUUUUUUCAAAAUGGAGGUUUGA